AACACAGGGUGACGUGUAAGGUCUUAUCAGUAGUGAGUUAAACGGACGAGUGAACAUUAUUAUUAGCUGAUAAUUAACAAAACAAUUUGAAAGAUGGACUGUAAUAUGAAGACUACAAUCAACAUGAAAUGUAAGAGACCCGGAUGUUUUUGCUUCCCCACCAAUGGAAAACCUCAUAUUUAUAUAUGUACUGACAUAAAAAACAAUAUCAUUAGCUGCGGCUGUGAACAAGGGACUGAAUGGAUUAAAACCAAAUGCAUAAAGAUCAAAACUAACGGAGCAAAUUGUAUUUGUGUUUGCAAUGUUGAUAAUAAGAUUCAGACAUGCAAUGACUGUGAAUGUGUUGUAACUGAAAAGGACUCUGGGGCUGCGAAGGAUGGAUUCAAGAAAUGCGAUGUCUGUACAUGCAUUCCCAAUAAACCGGAAGAUGAAGUCAAAUGUUCUAACAAGGAAUGUACUUGUAUCUUAACUAAAGGAAAGCCUUUUGUUUUUGUUUGUCACGAUGACACUGGCAAGAUUGUUUCUUGUGAUGAAAACAAAAAUAAUUGCGUUUGUCUUCCCACUGAUGGCAAUACUUGUAUUUGCGUCUGUGAGGACGCGAAGGAUGGAUUGAAGAAAUGUGAUGACUGUACAUGCAUUCCUAAUAAAUCGGAAGAUGAAGUCAAAUGUUCUAACAAGGAAUGUACUUGUAUCUUAACUAAAGGAAAGCCUUUUGUUUUUGUUUGUCACGAUGACACUGGCAAGAUUGUUUCUUGUGAUGAAAACAAAAAUAAUUGCGUUUGUCUUCCCACUGAUGGCAAUACUUGUAUUUGCGUCUGUGAGGACGCGAAGGAUGGAUUGAAGAAAUGUGAUGACUGUACAUGCAUUCCUAAUAAAUCGGAAGAUGAAGUCAAAUGUUCUAACAAGGAAUGUACUUGUAUCUUAACUAAAGGAAAGCCUUUUGUUUUUGUUUGUCACGAUGACACUGGCAAGAUCGUUUCUUGUGAUGAAAACAAAAAUAAUUGCGUUUGUCUUCCGACUGAUGGCAAUACUUGUAUUUGUGUCUGUGAGGACGCGAAGGAUGGAUUGAAGAAAUGUGAUGACUGUACAUGCAUUCCUAAUAAAUCGGAAGAUGAAGUUAAAUGUUCUAACAAGGAAUGUACUUGUAUAUUAACUAAAGAAAAGCCUUUUGUUUUUGUUUGUCACGAUGACACUGGCAAGAUCGUUUUUUGUGAUGAAAACAAAAAUAAUUGCGUUUGUCUUCCGACUGAUGGCAAUACUUGUAUUUGUGUCUGUGAGGACGCGAAGGAUGGAUUGAAGAAAUGUGAUGACUGUACAUGCAUUCCUAAUAAAUCGGAAGAUGAAGUUAAAUGUUCUAACAAGGAAUGUACUUGUAUACUAACUAAAGGAAAGGGUUGUGUUUUUGUUUGUCACGAUGACACUGGCAAGAUCGUUUCUUGUGAUGAUAACAAAAAUAAUUGCGUUUGUCUUCCGACUGAUGACAAUGCUUGUAUUUGUGUCUGUGAGGACGCGAAGGAUGGAUUGAAGAAAUGUGAUGACUGUACAUGCAUUCCUAAUAAAUCGGAAGAUGAAGUUAAAUGUUCUAACAAGGAAUGUAGUUGUAUAUUAACUAAAGGAAAGCCUUUUGUUUUUGUUUGUCACGAUGACACUGGCAAGAUCGUUUCUUGUGAUGAAAACAAAAAUAAUUGCGUUUGUCUUCCGACUGAUGGCAAUGCUUGUAUUUGUAUCUGUGAGGACGCGAAUGAUGAAUUCAAGAAAUGCGAUGACUGUACAUGCAUUCCUAAUAAAUCGGAAGAUGAAGUCAAAUGUUCUAACAAGGAAUGUACUUGUAUCAUAACUAAAGGAAAGAGUUGUGUUUUUGUUUGUCACGAUGACACUGGCAACAUUGUUUCUUGUGAUGAAAACAAAAAUAAUUGCGUUUGUCUUCCCACUGAUGGCAAUACUUGUAUUUGUGUCUGUGAGGACGCGAAGGAUGGAUUGGAGAAAUGUGAUGACUGUACAUGCAUUCCUAAUAAAUCGGAAGAUGAAGUUAAAUGUUCUAACAAGGAAUGUACUUGUAUAUUAACUAAUGGAAAGCCUUUUGUUUUUGUUUGUCACGAUGACACUGGCAAGAUUGUUUCUUGUGAUGAAAACAAAAAUAAUUGCGUUUGUCUUCCAACUGAUGGCAAUGCUUGUAUUUGUGUCUGUGAGGACGCGAAGGAUGGAUUCAAGAAAUGCAAUGACUGUACAUGCAUUUCUAAUUAAUUAGAAGGUGAAGUCAAUUAAUAUUGCAACAAGGAAUGUACUUGUUACUUCACUAAAUGAAAUGUAAAUGAGCUGUAAAGUCCAUUUGACUUUAUUUUUUUCAACAGCUUAGAAUAGAUUGAUUGAAUGGAAAAAACCUAAAGAAAAUAUAUAGACUCAUAUCUACAUUCCGAAUAAAAGAGAAAAUAAUAAGCUGUCAGUUAUCACGAAGCAGAUAUCUCCUUUAAUACAUACUUAUAAUCAUCGACAUUAUAAUCUAUUUAAAUAUGCAGUUUAGAAUAUGUUUAAAUUUUAUUAAUAUAGUUAAGUAAUGACGCGAAUAUUGUUACCCAGUAUAAUUCUUCUAUUUUAUUCAUUAAAUGAUUUCUAUGCAAA